AUGAUCUCUAAUGAAGAUGGAGAUCCAGUUCGUCCAGGAGUGGCCAUGACUGAUCUCGCUACUGGCCUGUAUGCAUAUGGAGCCAUUAUGGCUGGACUGAUACAAAGAUAUAAAACGGGGAAAGGACUGUUCAUUGAUUGUAACCUACUGUCAUCUCAGGUGGCAUGUUUGACCCAGGUAGCUGCUAAUUAUCUUAUUGGCCAAAAGGAAGCAAAACGUUGGGGCACAGCUCACGGCAGUAUUGUUCCUUACCAGGCUUUUAAAACCAAGGAUGGAUAUCUUGUGGUUGGAGCAGGAAAUAACCAACAGUUUGCUACUGUGUGCAAGAUCUUGAAUUUGCCUGAACUGAUUGAUGACUCCAAGUAUAAAACUAACCACCUUCGUGUACAGAAUAGAAAAGAGCUUAUCAAAAUACUCUCUGCACGGUUUGAAAAAGAAAUGACCAGCAAGUGGUUAUACCUCUUUGAAGGCAGCAGGGUUGCGUAUGGCCCAAUCAACGACAUGAAGAACGUAUUUGCAGAACCCCAGGUGUUACACAAUGGCCUCAUUAUGGAGAUGAAGCAUCCAACCGUGGGGAAGAUAUCAGUGCCAGGCCCAGCUGUGAGAUACAGUAAGUUCAAGAUGUCAGAGGCCAGGCCACCCCCCCUGCUCGGGCAGCACACAAUGCACAUCCUGAGGGAGGUCCUCGGAUACAAUGACAAGGCCAUUGGGGAGCUGUUCAGCGCUGGAGUGGUGACCCAACAUGAAGCCGAAUGAUCAAAAAUGCUCUUUCUCAA